GGGCUUUGGAAGGCAGCGAAGCGGGAGACUGUCCGCGGUGGAGCGGUAGGGGUCGAACCGCGGAGGCGCGGGGACUCGGGACUGUCUCAGGAGCACCGACCAGCACCAGCUGCCGAGACCUCGUGCCGCUGAGGCCAGUUCUUUUUUAGCCAUUCCUCCUGCUUUGCCAUGGGAAUUCAAGGCCUUGCAAAACUAAUUGCCGACGUGGCCCCGAACGCCAUCCGGGAGAAUGACAUCAAAAGCUACUUUGGCCGAAAGGUGGCCAUCGAUGCCUCCAUGAGCAUUUACCAGUUCCUGAUCGCCGUGCGCCAAGGGGGGGAUGUGCUGCAGAACGAGGAGGGGGAGACCACCAGCCACCUGAUGGGCAUGUUCUACCGCACCAUCCGCAUGAUGGAGAAUGGCAUCAAGCCCGUGUACGUCUUCGAUGGCAAACCACCACAGCUGAAGUCAGGUGAGCUGGCCAAACGCAGUGAGCGGCGGGCUGAGGCUGAGAAGCAGCUGCAGCAGGCUCAGUCGGCUGGGGCUGAGGAAGAGGUUGAAAAGUUCACAAAGCGGCUGGUGAAGGUCACCAAGCAACACAACGACGAGUGCAAACACCUGCUGAGCCUCAUGGGCAUCCCAUACCUCGAGGCACCCAGUGAGGCAGAGGCCAGCUGCGCUGCCCUGGUGAAGGCUGGCAAAGUCUACGCUGCGGCCACCGAGGAUAUGGACUGCCUCACUUUUGGCAGCCCUGUGCUGAUGCGACACCUGACUGCCAGUGAGGCCAAGAAGCUGCCCAUCCAGGAAUUCCACCUGAGCCGGGUCCUGCAGGAGCUGGGUCUGAACCAGGAGCAGUUUGUGGAUCUCUGUAUCCUGCUGGGUAGUGACUACUGUGAGAGUAUCCGAGGCAUUGGGCCCAAACGGGCUGUGGACCUCAUCCGGAAGCACAAGAGCAUUGAGGAGAUCGUGCGGCAGCUGGACCCCAACAAGUACCCUGUGCCAGAAAACUGGCUCCACAAGGAGGCCCAGCAGCUCUUCUUGGAGCCCGAGGUGCUGGACCCAGAGUCGGUGGAGCUGAAGUGGAGCGAGCCAAAUGAAGAAGAGUUGGUCAAGUUCAUGUGUGGGGAAAAGCAGUUCUCUGAGGAGCGAAUCCGCAGUGGGGUCAAGAGGCUGAGCAAGAGCCGCCAAGGCAGCACCCAGGGCCGCCUGGAUGACUUCUUCAAGGUGACGGGCUCACUGUCUUCAGCUAAGCGCAAGGAGCCAGAACCCAAGGGGUCUGCUAAGAAGAAAGCAAAGACUGGGGGAGCAGGGAAGUUCAAGAGGGGAAAAUAAACAUGUUCCCCUUCUCUGUCCCUCUUGACCCCAGAAUAUCUGCUUUGCACCCUCAAGAGCUAGAGCCCCUUCCUCAUGUGGGGAGGAGAGUCCACUGCUUUUCAGUACCGCCUUCUCUACAGAGCUUUUCCCUCCUUGAUCAGAUGGCAGGAAAGUCACAGCUUUUUUUUUUUAAGCUCAGGAAAGUAUGCCAGGCUCAAACCGUUGCUCAGGCAGGUUAAUGGACACUGGAUCCGUUGUGACGUAAGAUUGAUAAGUUUUAAAGGAAGACAGGUGGAGAAUGAGGCCAGCUGGUGGAUGGGAGGUGACUGCAGAAUGUGACUGUUCUAAUUUUACCGUGCCCUGAAAGAUAGCUCCCAGUCCAGGCUUAGCACAUGAUUGAGUUCCGAAGAGAAGAGGCAGGCAGAGCAGGCGUCUGGUGGGAGUAAGACUGGGAUCAUGUGCAGAAGCUGGAACUUGUGCAGUGAGUGACUACUUCAGAGUAUGACGGCAAGUCUGGGUUUGGGAGUUUAAGAUGUGAAGAGAAAAGAAUCGAUAAAAUUAUAAAAAUGACCAGAAUUUUGUGUUCUUUGAAGACAUUUGAAAAGACCCUUUGUGCUUUUGGGGUCCAGCUAGAUGCCGUCUGUUCCCUGUAAGGUUGGAUAACAGGUUGGGAUUGCCCUCUUUAACAGGUGGUUUGUUUGAGAGUGACCACAAGGUGGCACCAUACCCUGCAUAAUGGCCAGAGCAGCUGUGGCUCUGAGGCCUAGUUUAUUGUACUGUGAGGAGUUUGAAUAGUGUGUGCUGCCUAGUCUACCCACCUGAAGGGAUUCCUUUGAAACAAUCUUGUAAUUUAGAUCAGCUAUCCGAAUGUCUAGGCAUUUUGUUUCAUCACUUGAUGAACUGCCAUUCUGAAACCUUGUUCUAUUGUGAUGGCAAGUUCAGGUUCUCAGAGAUGUAUGUUUGAAAGUUUCAUAGUGCUAAUAAAGCUUGGUGGGGAGUUGGCAUA